UUUUGAAUUUCCACUGGUAAAAUAGAUGGUCCUGAGCCCAAGGCUGGGAGGGAGAUGACUGUUGUCUACAAGGUAAGUGAGUGAGGGCAGCCGGAUGGGCCUCGGUCAACUCACCAGAAGUGAAUCGCUGUCAUACUGGCGCAGAAGCACAAGCUCUGAAGUGGAUUUUUUUAUUGUCGUUGUUCCCUCGUAAACAAUUCUAGUGGAGAACCCCAGGCGAUGUGGAGAGUCCCGUUUGAGAACCUCUGGGCUCAAAGAUCACUACGUCUGGGAACAAGCACGGGCAGGACUCCGCACUAGGUGUUCAAGGAUCAGCCUCUCACUUCCGGAGCUCAGGACUUGGGGGAACCUGGCAAGCCCGGCUCGAGCCCGCCGGCCUGUCUCUGUCUACAUCUGCUCGCUUCCUUCCCCAGGAAACAAACGAUGGCUCGGACCUCCCGGGCGCUCCACCUCCCCAGUGUGAGGCGGUGCGCCCGGGCGCUGAGGCCCCUCCCGGCAGUGCGGGGUGACAGACCCUACUCCACCCUCUGACUCCGCGUCCCCCUCCCCCACCCCACCACGUGCAGGCCCGAGAUGGCAAAGAGGCCCAGCCACCGUCACCAGGGGUUUUCUUUUCUGUUCUUUUUUUGCUGGUUUCAGGCUUUUUUCUGCUUGAGCGAAAUGAAACAAACACCCGCUCGGCCUCGGGGCCGCUAGACACGCACGCACCCGCACCCGCGCCGGGGCGCGGCCGGCCUCCCAGCUGUCCUUGUCCGGGGCGGGACCCGCUGUGCAUAAACAGCGGCGGGCGCUGCGGAGCUGGGAGCGCGCCGCCUGCUGCUGAGCGCUCGCCGCUCGCUCGCAACCCCUGCCCGCCGCGCUCUGCCCGCUGCCCCGGUGGAGCGCCCGGCAGCCGGCCGGAGCGCAGGCGGCACCCCCCGCCCGGCUCAGGCAGAGGCGGUGCGACUGCUGUUCCGACAGCCGAGGGCGCCGCCGAGGCCGGGAGCCGAGGCGCAGUCCAGCCUUGAGUGAGCCCAGCGUCUGCGGAUCAGGAGUUGGACCACAGCACCUUCCCUGCCUCCCAACCCUGCCUCCUCUGCAGAACGAAGCUCAAUAGAACUUUGUUGUUUUGCCUUUUACUCUGAGGGGAGAGAAGCAGACGAUGAGGAGAAAAUAAUGAAUGUCAAAGGAAAAGUGAUUCUGUCAAUGCUGGUUGCCUCAACUGUAAUUGUUGUGUUUUGGGAAUAUAUCAACAGCCCAGAAGGCUCUUUCCUGUGGCUAUAUCACUCAAAAAACUCAGAACUUGGUGACAACGGCAGUCAGAAGGACUGGUGGUUUCCAAGCUGGUUUAAGAAUGGGACCCACAAUGACCAAGGGGAAGAGGAAGUCAUAGACAGAGACCAGAAACAACGAAAGGAGGACAAUGAAGAACUUCAGCUAUCGGACUGGUUUAAUCCACAGAAACGCCCGGAGGUUGUGACAGUGACCGAAUGGAAGGCCCCAGUUGUGUGGGAAGGCACUUUCAACAGAGCCGUCUUAGACGAUUACUAUGGCAAACAGAAAAUCACCGUGGGUUUGACAGUUUUUGCUAUCGGGAGAUACAUUGAGCAUUACUUGGAGGAGUUCUUAACAUCUGCUAAUAGGCACUUCAUGGUUGGCCACAAAGUCAUAUUCUACAUCAUGGUGGACGAUGUCUCCAGGUUGCCUUUGGUAGAGCUGGGUCCUCUGCGUUCCUUCAAAGUGUUUGAGGUCCAGCCUGAGAAGAGGUGGCAGGAUAUCAGCAUGAUGCGCAUGAAGACCAUUGGGGAGCACAUCGUGACCCACAUCCAGCACGAGGUCGACUUCCUCUUCUGCAUGGACGUGGACCAGGUCUUCCAGGACACCUUUGGGGUGGAGACACUGGGCCAGUCGGUGGCUCAGCUGCAGGCCUGGUGGUACAAGGCAGAUCCUGACACGUUUACCUACGAGAGGCGGAAGGAGUCCGCAGCAUACAUUCCAUUCGGCCAGGGGGAUUUUUACUACCAUGCGGCCAUUUUUGGAGGAACACCCAGUCAGGUCCUAAACAUCACCCAGGAGUGCUUCAAGGGAAUCCUUCAGGACAAGAAAAAUGACAUAGAAGCUGAGUGGCAUGAUGAAAGCCACCUAAACAAGUAUUUCCUUCUCAACAAACCCACUAAAAUCUUAUCCCCAGAAUAUUGCUGGGAUUAUCAUAUAGGCCUGCCUUCAGAUAUUAAGACGGUCAAGAUAUCUUGGCAGACAAAAGAAUAUAAUUUGGUGAGAAAUAAUAUCUGACUUUAAAUCGCGUCAGUAGGUUUUUGAAUUUGAGAGAGUAUUAUGCUGCCUACUUUCUCAGAAAUGUAACACUUAAUUUUAACUAAAAGAAAAAUACUAACAAAACACCACCCCAGCAAGUAUAUACUCCACCUCCUUAUAACGUUGAGCCUUAUAAUAUGGGAGAAUGAACCUAUGGUAAUCAGAUGUGCAUUCCCAGUGAUUUUGUGUCUAUUCAUGGCUUGGGGGAAAUACUAUCAGCUAAACCAAAAAGCAAAAAAAAAGAGAAAGAAAGAAAACCAGAAACACUCUACAUGCGCCAGAUAACAUACUGUAGAAAGAGGUGCUAAGGGAAGUGUUUGGCAACAAGAUACAAUUGUGGGGAGUUCCCCCGGAUUUCAGUUUUCUUGUCUUUGCUGAGUCUAGAGCAACACAGUUGCUUUGCCGCAAGAACUCUUAGUGAGAACACAGUUUACCUUGACAAUCCUCAUAUGGCUUUAAUAGCAGAUUGCUUCAGGCCAUUUGUAGUCCAUGUCCUUUCCUCUCAGGAUGUUGCUGGACUUGUGUGUGAAAGAUUGGUGGAGAUUCUCAGUGGAUAUCAUGAACGUUUGGAGUCACGGGGAAUCUGAAUGAGCCAAUGUGUGCUCAGGAAGUGAAAACAAAAGCCUCCAAGUGAGUUUGCCAUGAAAUAGCAAAGAGAAUAGAACGAGCACGGAGGAGCACAGGAUGUGGGUUUGGCGCUUAAAUACAGCAUGGGUCCAAGCGCUGAAUGUGAGGGUACACUGUGGAUGGCCUUCAGCCUCCUCUAUCCCAGGACAACCAGAGCAGAGGACACUUGAAUUGAAGAUACUUCUUGUUUUGCCCACGUCGCAUUCAGCCUGCUAGAUUCUGCAACUUGUGUCUUCCAGUGCUGACCAGAGGAAGUGGGUGGUGUCAGAGAGACAGUCCUGCAGUGGACUGAAGAGGCAUUUCCAAGACCCAGGCCUCGUGACAAUCAGUUCUCAUCAAGGCCCGCUGCCACCUGCUCUAACCCUCAGGAUUCCUCAGCCUAUCAUGCCCCUCUUGGAGGGCUGACAUCAAGGGGUGGGUUGGAGGAAAGGCCCUCCAAGUAACCUCUCAUUUUCCCCUGCCCCAUCUGCACCACUGGGGUGCAACAGCCAGACCCAUUUAAUAAAAUGGUUAAUUGAUUUUAUAUCAAAAGCAGGGGGUGGCAAUGGGAGACCCAGUCCUCGUGACUGCACAGCUGAAUAUUUGAUUCUCUUCUCUAAGAGAAGCUAUGAAAUCAUGCAUAUUAUUUAAAGUUAAGCAAUUCGGUGUAAAGGAAAUUAGGAGGCCACAUUUACAUAUAUAUGCAGGCGUAUUUAUAUUUUGCUUGUGUCUCAGUUUAGGUGAUUGGUUUCCAUUUUUAAGUGAUUUAUUUGAAGAAUCAUUGCACUGGCUUGAUGUUCAGCACAGUGGGCUUCUCUGGUCAAAUGAAACCUAUGUUUCCUUCACCGUUCCAUUGUGCCUCCUACUCCUCUUGCUAAAAAACAUCACAAACCCAGCCAAACCAAACCAAACCAACGAAAACCUUGAAGAAGUGGACUUGGUAGAGAGAAAGGAGGUCUCGCUUCUCUGUAACUCAAGUUUACUGGGACCCAUUCCGGAGUAGGGGAAGUGAAUGAUUUAAGUCCUAAACCAAAGAAAUCAUCUCUCCUGAAAGAAAUGGGCUGAUGUUUACUUUUGAGGAAAUCUUGAUUUUUUUAAAAAUUCAAUUUAAAUCCCAAGUGGACAGAGUAAAGAUCUCAUUAAUAGUUAUUCUUAAACAUUAAAAAAAUAUACCUGAUUUACAAUUGAAUAAAUUAUUUUCUCAGUAUA